AUGGGAGACGAGCAGCAACAGGGAGAUCAACAUCCGGACAGGCGGUGGCUGCAGGAGUUCGGUGACGAAAUGAAGAAAGAAGUCGGCAGAAUGAUCAGCGCCAUCGGAACGCAGAAGAAGAAGAAGAAGGAGAAGGAAGAGGACGAAAAGGCACCACGAGUUGCAUCGAAAGGAUCUGCAUCUAAUGGAGCUACAUUCUAG